AAUUUUGAGAUCGGUAUGCUGUCAUCGCCUUUCGCAAUCAUGACAAUUUUUAUUGCCAUUGCAAUCAUAUCAGCUCUGUUAGAGACUUGAAUAUUGAGUUAUUAUAUCGAAGGUUGUUGAACGUUCCGCUUUAACCAGCUUGUUGGCCUUGUUUCCUGUCCUUGCUUGUGGACUUUCAUGCAAUCUAAUAAGACUUCACGAAUCUCAUUUCCGGAACCAAAUAAUCAGCCGUGACGUGGUACUUCUUGGCUUGGAGAAAGUUUCUCCGACGCUUAGUAUGGAUCAUCAAGUCAAAUUGGGGGAAACACGUGCAGGAAAUGCAAGGAAGCCAAGGCGGAAAGUUGUCGAUUGGAUAUCAGAACCAAGUAAGGUUGGAUUGACCCCAUUUCAACAGUUCACUCUCGAUGUUAAUUGGGAGAAAAGUCCUUUGGGACCAAUGAGUGGAUGGUCAGGACAGCUUCGUUCUAUGGUACUUUUGUGUUUUUCAGAUCCAAACCCGGUGAGCCUUCUAUAUCUUCUAUUUCAUUUCUGGCUUCAGGAUAGCUUUGUUGUUGUUCAUGCAUUUAAGAUAUGAAGAACCUCAUGACUGACCAAGUGGAAAGGCCGUGGUCAUGUGGGGAGAUUACAAUGCUAUCGUUUACAAUCAACCAUAUUCUCAGAUUAUUGGACAUAAACACCCUGCAUUACAAGGUCAGGAUCCAAGUGUUGCAUUUGCUGAGAUUUGGGAUUCCCUCGACCCAUUCAUUGAAGGAAUCAAAGAAACAGGCCAAGGACUUAUUCAACAAGAUGCCCUUUUUUUCCUUGAUCGACGCGGCUUUGAAGAGGAAACUUAUUUUACUUAUACAUACCUACCGGUCGUUGGUGACGAAGGAUAUGCCAUUGCUAUACAUGCAACAGUCGAUGAGACCACACGCCAAGUUCUUGCUGAUAGACGAAUGGCCGUUAUUCGUGCCCUCGGCGAGCGACUAUCAAAUGCUAAAACCAUUGGUGAUCUUUGGAAUCAUUUGAUCCAAGGCAUUGAGUUCGCCGAGAAGGACGCGCCUUUUUGCUUCUUGUAUUCAGUUUCCGAAUCAUCUGAAGCAUCAAAUAUACUUCCAUCAGCAGUUCCUUCACCAUCCAUGCAUUGCGUUCUUGAAGGUUCUGUUGGCAUACCCGAGGGUCAUCCCAUUGCACCUUCAAGCUUUGAUGCAGCAUAUGAUCAAAAUUGCCUAACAAAACCAUUCAACCAAGCUAGGAAUGAAAUGAAAACUAUCUUGGUACCUGUGGACUCCGUGAUAAAGGCAAAGUUUAGUGGGAUAAAGUUCCGAGGAUUUGGCGAACCAACCCACAUAGUUGUUUGUCCAAUAAUGGAUUCUGAGAAACAAAGUGUGCUUGCUUUUCUUGUUAUUGGAUUGAAUCCUCGAGCACCCUAUGAUAAAGAUUAUCAAGAGUGGAUACAGAUGUUGUCACAGCAGGUUACGACUCCUCAAGUAUCUGCUAUUAUACUCCGACAGGAAGUCGAAAGACGUUUAGCACUUGCUAAACAGGAGGCGUUAGAUCGGGAAAUUUUGUCACAGCAACUUAACGAGAGUGAAACGAAUUUUUCACGAUUUGCAACAAGGACCCCUGUUGGGCUCGCAAUAUUAACUGUUGAUGGAGUUGCCCUGACAGCAAAUGACCUAUGGAAAUCGCAAACGAAACUCGAGAUUGGGAGCUCGCAAGUAAAUUGGGAAGAAGUGUUGAUGCCUGGCGAAUACGAACGUGUGAAGAAAGCCUGGUCGCAGGUUGCUCAGGAGAAGAAGCCUGGCACUUUUCAAACGCGAGUUGAUAAACCAUGGAAAGCUCCGGAACUGAAUGCAGAUGGCGAAGAACAAUGGUCAGAAACUCAUCUAAUGCUUGCUUGGUUUCCGGACCUUGACGAGGAAGGUAAUGUUUCUACAAUUAUGAGUUGCAUCACAGACAUCUCGGAAUUGAAAUGGACGGAAAAUCAAUUACGAGCUAGAAUGGAACAAGCCUUGGAGAUGAAGAAGCAGCAAGAAAGGUUUAUUGAUAUGACCUCCCAUGAAAUGCGUAAUCCGCUGUCUGCAUUAAUUGGCUGCGCUGAUGAAAUUCUCUCCUCGUUGCACGAAUACAAAAACGCGAUGAAAAGUUUCAGUCGAGCUGGGAGAAUCCCCGAAUUGUUGUCCACCGAGUUACCGGCGUAUCUAAUAGAUGAUGCCAUCGAAGCUACAGAUACGAUUAUUUACUGCGCCAUGCAUCAAAAGCGCAUUAUUGACGACAUCUUGACUCUUUCGAGGUUAGACAGCAAUCUUCUCGUUGUAUCCCCCGAAGCUUCUCAGCCAGUGCAUAUCAUUCGAAGUGCUCUCAAGAUGUUCGAAUCCGAACUCAAACAAGCUGACACGAAAUUAAAUUUCAUCCAAGAUAAUUCUAUUAAAGAUUUGAAGGUACAUUGGACCUUAUUAGAUCCAAGCAGAGUCCUUCAAGUCCUCCUAAACCUUAUGACCAACGCCAUAAAAUUCACCCGCACAGAACCAGUCCGUCAGAUAACCGUCACCAUGGCUGCCUCUCUCGAAAAACCUUCUUCCCAAAAAUCCAUUGUCGAAUAUGUACCUAAACGACGCGAAAGCUCCGAUCAAACCGUGAAAGGCGAAUGGGGAAAUGGCGAAAUCCUUUACAUUUCCAUCACCGUUACGGAUUCCGGUCGGGGUCUCUCAGAAAAGGAAAAAGCAAAUCUUUUUCAUCUCUUUAUGCAAGCGUCUCCAAAGACUCACGUUCAAUAUGGCGGAAGCGGAUUAGGUCUUUUUAUCUCGAGACAACUUACUGAGAUGCAAGGCGGGGAGAUUGGGGUUCAUAGCGAAAAAGGGAAAGGGAGCACUUUUCAAUUUUAUGUUAAGACGAGGAGGACACCGGCUCCGCUUGAUUUGGAGGCUGCGGAAGAUGGUAUUAAGAAGGAUUUACAAAUGGCGUUGAGGGAAGAUGCGCUGAGGGAGGCAUGUGGAUUUGAAAUUUCUGGAUUAAGUCAUGAUAAUCUUAUGCAUGACCAUAGUUCUGGAGCGAAGGUGGAAAAGAAUGAUAUGAAGAUACCGAUGAGGCCAUUACCGGCCAAGAAGAUGAGCUUUGGGUUGUCCAGCCCGGGUUUUAUGAAUGGGGUUGAGAAGGGAAGGGGUGCAGGUGCAGGUGCAGGUGCAGGACAGGAACAAGGAGAGGGAGGGCAGCGAGAAGAAGAGGAGAAUCAGUUACAAGUAUUGGUUGUAGAGGAUAAUCUACUGAAUCAAAAAGUGUUGGUUAAGAGUUUGAGGAAAGAGGGAUUUGGUGUUAGUGUUGCGAAUCACGGCGGGGAAGCCUUGGAAUUCCUCAAGAAGACGAGAUUCUGGACUGGGGAUGGUGAUAGCAGGGAGUUAUCGGUAUGUAAUUCCUUCUUAGUUCUCUGUUUUCUUUCUCUUUGGGCUAUCCGCAAGGGAUAAGAAUCAUGAAGAUCGAGCAUUGGUAACAGGAAGAAAUCGACUGAGAGAUUACUAACACACUUAUGUUUGAUUCAGAAACAACAAUUAAACCUCAUAUUAAUGGAUUUAGAAAUGCCAAUUAUGGAUGGUAUUACAUGCGUAAAACAGAUUCGAGCAUGGGAACGUAGGGGGUCAAUAAGAGGUCAUGUGCCAAUUAUUGCUGUGACGGCUAAUGCGAGGAAAGGUGUGUGUGUGAUUUUGUUUUGUCCUUUUUACUUUGACGUAUUUUUGGACCUUGGAACUGGGAGCUAAUCAUAUAUUCUAUCAACGAAUAGAUCAAAUAAUGAGCACGAUAGAUGCGGGAAUGGAUGAUGUUACGACGAAACCUUAUCGCAUUCAGGAUAUGCUGGGUCAGAUUGAGAGAUUGGUUAUUAGGUAUCCUGGGGGUGGGAGUGAAAGGGGAAGUAGGGAGGAGAUGGACUCUGGUACUUUGAAUGAGGAUUUGAGGAUCCUGUGUGUGGAUAAAGGUGUGGAUAGGGGGAGUGAGGACAGAGCGAGUAAGGGUAAGGGUAUGGGUAUGGGUAUGCAAACUCAAAGAAAUAAUACCCAAAAGAAAGAUAAGGACACACAAACACACAACGCUAGUACAUCGACUUCGACUACAGCAACAUCAACAUCUGCAACCACGACUCCGAACCCGAACACCUCAAUCUCAAAACCAGAAACCACUAAAACCCAUCCUUCAAAAGCCAACCCUCCAACUCCAACUCCAAAUCCCUCAAUUCCACCACAAAACGGGGUAUCCAAUUCUCUCCCUCCUUAACUAAUUUAUACUAUCCGAUAUUGAUACCUUCAACGAAUUCUGUUUUACUCUACUUAUACUUUUACCUUCCCCUUAACUUUUAUCAGUACAUCUAGCGGGCGUUUUCGAUUAUCAUUCAAGGAUUUUAUGGGAUUGGAUUUUACUGGAUAUACUGGGGAGCAAAGCAUACGCAUGGAAUGGAAUGGAGUUUCGAGCACAGUAUUUUGUUUUAGCACAAUAUGUCACGUCACAUUAUAGCAUAGUAUAGCAUGGCAUGGUACACGCAUGGAUAGAGGUGUUUUUUCGGCGAUAUGAUAUAUUUAUU